GCCAAAGUCGAAAAUCGAAAUCUAUUUGGUAACUGUAAACUUGUAAAGUGAGCUCACCCAUUCAAGCUGGAGCGAUAGCAGUCUUAACAAGGUUUAAAGCUUACCUCUGUUUUAAGUGGUUCAUUUUUUUGCUGGUAAGUGAUUGCCAAUCUCUAGUGAUCGCAGUGAACAAAUUCUCCUCUCCACCUGCUGUUAUUUCUUUUCCAUCCACCAUCAAAAUUCAAGAGAACUUAACCUGGAUUCAGAGCUCUCUCUUCUACCUUCUUUUCCAAAAUAACAGGACGAGGAGGAGGAGGAGGAGGAGGAGAAGCAAAAUUUUCUUGAAUGGGUACUGCUUCUCUUUCCAUCUUAGGUCCAUCCAAGCCUACAUCAGCAGCAGCAGAGGACGAAGACCCUUCAAACCCAUCAACAGCCCUUCUCUCUAACGUUGAAUCCUCCACUCCUCCUCAGAAUCCUACCACAACCAUCCUCUUUGUUACCCUCAUCAUCAUCACAUGCUUGUCCCUCCUUGCCUCCGGCGUCUUCGCCUUUCUCUUCUUCUCCUCCUCCUCUUCUUCUAAGUCCUCCCAAGUAUUACAUAAUAACACUGAGUCAACCGCCCGCCCCCUCACCAAGCUUGAGCAUCCCGUCGUUCUCCUAAUUUCCACCGAUGGGUUCCGAUUUGGGUAUCAAUUCAAGACCCCGACUCCCAACAUCGGUCGUCUUAUCGCCAAUGGCACCGAAGCCGAGACGGGCUUGAUCCCAGUUUUCCCGACGCUUACAUUCCCCAACCAUUACUCAAUUGCCACGGGGCUAUACCCUGCUUCCCAUGGCAUCGUCAACAACCAUUUCAUCGAGCCCAGCACCGGCGAUGUGUUCUACAUGAAAAGACAUGAACCCAAAUGGUGGUUAGGCGAGCCGCUCUGGGAGACCGUCGUCAAUCAUGGACUCAAGGCCGCCACCUAUUUCUGGCCCGGUUCUGAGGUUCACAAAGGCUUAUGGGAUUGCCCUGUCAACUACUGCAAAGUCUUUAAUGAUUCUGUAUCCUUCGAAGAACGGGUUGAUUCUGUUCUGAAAUUCUUUGAUCUUCCUAGUAGUGAGAUUCCUGAUUUUAUGACGCUAUAUUUUGAGGACCCAGAUACUCAAGGUCACAAGGUUGGAGCUGAUGAUCCACGGAUUACAGAAGCGGUUGCACAUAUUGAUAAAAUGAUUGGGAGGUUGAUCGAAGGGCUAGAGAAGAGAGGGGUUUUCGAGGAUGUCACAAUACUCUUACUGGGGGAUCAUGGGAUGGUCGGCACCUGUGAUGGGAAGCUCAUUUUUCUUGAUGAUUUGGCUCCUUGGAUUAAUAUUCCCAAGGAUUGGGUCCAAUCCUAUACUCCUUUGCUUUCAAUUUGGCCUCCUGCCGGUGUCUCUCCCUCGGAUGUCGUCGCCAAGAUGACAGAAGGAUUGAAUUCAGGGAAGGUUGAGAAUGGGAUGAACCUCAAGGUGUUUCUCAAGGAGGACCUGCCUCAACGACUCCAUUACGUGGGGAGCGAUCGAAUCUCACCUAUAAUAGGACUAAUUGAGGAAGGAUUCAAAGUGAAGCAGAAAAGAUCGAAGGGAAAAGAAUGUGGAGGAGCACAUGGGUAUGACAAUGCAUUCUUCUCGAUGAGAAGCAUAUUCAUCGGCCACGGACCUCAGUUUGCAAGGGGUCGCAAGGUCCCAUCUUUUGAGAAUAUUCAGAUAUACAAUUUGGUCACUUCGAUUCUUAAGAUACAGGGAGCUUCCAACAACGGGACAGUGUCAUUUCCAAACUCUAUUCUUUUACCACCCCCCUGAAAUCAAUCCUUCCGGCAUGUGUGGAGUUGUCAAUUGCAACAGGAUGGAUUGUCACCGUUAUGUGUUUUUCUAGCUCAGUUUAUCAUCAUUGCUAAGCGAUAUUUGUGGAAAUAAAUAAGACCAGGUAUCAGAUGGAAGACUGUAAGUAGCCCGGGAACUCCAAAAGAUCUGUUCUUAGUUAUUGGUAGUUUCAUUAUGGUUCACAUCACUAAAAGUCUCUCACUUCAACCUUCACAUUGAAUUGUAUCUUAUACAGGAAAUGCUAGAAAGGGACCUAAAAUAGAUUCAUAGUGGUAGGAGUUUUGUAAAAUGAUGUCUUUUUAAAAUAUUAUGAAUGAAACGACCCUCUGGUUAUUUUUUGACUUCA